GAAUACGAAGCCACAUGGACUUUUGUGUGGUCCCAAACGAAGGAGGUUGUUCUCCUCCUGAUGGGAGCUAUCUUAUCCUCACCAAAACGGAAGGCACAGCUUGUAAUGCAACCGAUCAGAUUUUUUUUUUGGACCAAGAUGGAGUUAUCUAUCAUACAUGCAGCAGGAAAGUAGUUUGUCCACAGGACAAUAGCCCUACUCGUCAAAAGAAACUUAUGUUAAAGGAUAUGUGCGAUCUGAGCAUUUCAAGGCAUGUCAGGUUGCCAGUCCAUAAUAACCUGAAGAAUUUAAAGAACAAUUUCUGUGUUCAUCCACGUGGUGGAUGGCCAGUUGAGGGAGUGCAUUUGGUGUACUGGCCAGAAUGUGAUAUGGCAAGAUUGAAGCUCAACUUCUUUGAACUUGGUGCACCAACUCCCUGAAUUCCAGUGCGAAGAAAAAUUUAUUCCCUUAUUGGAAAUUGUAAUAACACAACAAAUGCCAAUUGCCGCGGGAGCUGCGGUAGACUAGAUGUUAGAUAAUAAAGGCACGAGUUACUGCA